AUGGCGACGGCUGGCAUGCGCGUGCUGGUGCUGGCAGCGCUGGCGGUGGGGCUGCUGGCGGCGGCGGUGAGUGGAGCGCGGGACGCCAUGAAGGUAGCCAGAGGCCUCGUCCCAACGGACGGCGCCGCGCCUGGCGGGGCGGGGGCGGCGGGGCAGCAGAGGAAGGGCGCGCGCAUUCUGGCGGCUGAGACCUUCGCUCACCACGCAUUGUGUGGCCGACUACCUCGACCACAUCCCCCGCCGCCAGGCCCUCGCCACCAGUACGCAACGCUGCUCUCUCCUCUCCCUCUCUUCCCGCUUCUUCCCUCUGCUAUUCUCUGCUCCCCUUGCCUGUCAUUUUCCUGCUCCCCCUCUCAUUCCUCUGCUCCCGUUGCCUCUCAUUCCUCUGCUCCCCUUGCGUCUCAUUCUUCUGCUCCCUUUGUCUCUCAACCCUGUGCUCCCUUGCUCAUUCCUCUGCUCCUCUUGCCCCUCAUUCCCCUGCUACCCGUGCCUUUCAUUCCUCUGCUCCCCUUGCCUCUCAUUUCUCUACUCCCAUUGCCUCCUCCUCUGUUGUGUGCUGAAGUGUGUGCGCACAUGGCGGUUAGAAUCUUCGUUUCUUACUCCAUCCUGUGGGCGCACGACGCCUGCGGGCGCACGACGGUGACGAUCCGGUCGCAGUACCUGGGGCCGUACGACCUGCACAACGACAUCUACAACAUGACCUUCUACAACGGCUGCGCCUACAACGUCACCAGCCCGCUGCGCGUGUACCAGUGCUUCAACUUCGGCAACGUGUGGGAGGGCAUCCUCGACAACCCCGCGCCUAACCCCACGCAGUACCAGCAAGGCGAAAUCUUCGUGCAGGUUGCGACGGGGUCCUGUGAGAUGCGCAUGAACCGCGGUGCUAGCGGCACUCUGCAGAUGCUCCCUGGGGAGACGGUGAACAUUGUGUAUGCGUACACGUGGGACUUCCGGCCCUGCGUGCAGGAGCUGCGCUUCGGCAACGGCAACAGCUACUCCAUGACCAACUCUGCCACUGAGAGCCAGCCCGCGGCCGACAUUUAA